GUCAAAUAAAAUUGAACAGAACAGUCUCGUGGAAGUGUUACAACAAUGGAGCUCUUAAAAUUACUGCUGGUGUUCGGAUUGUUAUGUAAGACCAUCGACGCCGAAACAAUAGGGCAAGUCGAAGAAAAUGUCAGCUUUAGCGUGAACCAACCUUGGGCGAUUAACGAUCAUUUAUCUUAUGGUUUUGCUGCCGCUUACAUUGAGGGACAAGAUGAAAAUGAUUGGUGUUGGGGUUGUUAUGAACUAAGCUUCACUAGUGGUCCAGUUGUCGGAAAAAGAAUGAUCGUUCAAGUCACAAACACAUUAGAGGCAUUAGGGCCUGUUCAUUUCGAUAUUCAAAUGCCUGGCGGUGGAGUAGGCGGUGUCAACGGAUGUGCUCCGCAAUGGAGUCCUCCAUAUGAUGGAUGGGGAGAGCAGUUCGGUGGGGUUAGCAAUAUAACACAAUGCGAUCAACUUCCAGAAGAGUUACAGUCUGGUUGUAGAUGGAGAUUCCAAUGGUUCGAAGACGCCAACAAUCCGGAUUUUACAUUUAUACCCUUUGAGUGUCCAAUCGAAAUCACAUUAAGAAGUGGGUACAUACGAGUUUAAUAUGAAAUGUCGUGUUAGCUUAUCUCUAGUAAGAAUAACAAUAAAAUGGAAUAAAGCAUUCUUUGAUACAUUUAUACA